AUGGUGAAAUUGCUCAAAGGAAACUUGGAGAAUGUGGAUCUCAACUCGCCAAUGUUAAGGUACUUGUGCGCUCAAUCUCAGAGUCAGUCGUCGUCGCCACCUCUUGCCGCUCUCGCCUUUGGAGAAUCUGAGAGGUCACAACCUUCGAUAGUUUAUAGAACACCGAUGAGAGGGGUGCAGAGGGAGGAGGUUCUGGUCAUGGAUGGUGUUUCAGUCGUUGAAGGAGGAAGGAGCUCAAGGUCUACUUCUGAUAUGUCGUCAUCUUCUUCUUCUUCGGAUUCUUCAGGGAAGAUUCUGUACAAGACCGACCUUUACAUGUCCUGGGAGGAUUCUGGAAGCUGCCGCUACACCUCCAAAGGCCAGGGAGAGACAGAGCAAAAGAGAGAGAAAGAUAGGGAUUUGGAUUUGGAUUUUUUAUUUUUAACAGAUUCUUACAUUUACUUCACAUUAAGGAAUUGA